ACAGCCCGUCCCAUCCAUCCCUCUCCUCGCCCCACACCAAGUUCCCCCAACCCAACCCCAGUGGCUCUGCUCUGCUCUCCUCCCAUCACACCCGCACCCCACCUCACCUCGCCUUGGCUUCGCUUCACAUCACAGCCCACGAAACAGGAGCGUCAUAAAAGCAUGGGCGUCGCAUGCUAGCCACAGUGACGCAGCGGCAGCAACCCAGGAGCCAGGAAGCAACAGCGACCGGCAUCGAUCGCGACAGCCGAGAUGGGAGGGUGAAGGGGGAGGAAGCGGUCGCCGCAGGGGCAGAGCAGCAUGGGGGCCUGACUGACUGAGUGAGUGACUGACUGGGAAGGAGAUGGCUGGAGAGCAACGGCCUCGGAGGCAUUAAUGGGGCGCUCCUGCUCCUCGUCCUCUUCUCUUCCUCUCCGCGGGGUCGCGGCCCGUUUCGUCUUUUAACCGGCUUGUCCUGAAGGCGGGCACGCCGCAAACGGCACGGGCUCACUACCGCGGGGGGCGGAACCGGAACCGGAACCGAAACCCUAGUGGUGGUGGGCGGCUGGGCGCCAUGGGCAUCGAUCUCAAUAUGGUGGACGUCGAGGGUGAGGAGCGGCAGCCGCCGCCGGCGGUGUGCCGGGAGCUGUGGCACGCGUGCGCGGGGCCCGUGGUGGCGCUGCCGCGACGGGGCAGCUUGGUCGUGUACCUGCCGCAGGGCCACCUCGCGGCGGCAGGCGGACGCGGCGGGGACGCCUCGGUGGACCUGCCGCCGCACGUGGUGUGCCGCGUCGCGGACGUCGAGCUAUGCGCGGAGACGGCGACGGACGAGGUGUACGCGCGGCUGGCGCUUGUGGCGGAGGGCGAGGCAUUUGAGAGAAAUCUGCGUUGUGGUGGAGUUGAAGGGGAAGAUGACAUGGAGGAUUUUGAUGCUGAAAGGAAGUCCCGGAUGCUGCACAUGUUCUGCAAAACACUCACGGCGUCUGACACAAGCACGCAUGGAGGGUUCUCUGUUCCUCGCCGUGCUGCUGAGGACUGCUUCCCACCACUGGAUUACAAUCAGCUUAGGCCUUCUCAAGAGCUUAUUGCCAAGGAUUUGCAUGGAGCAAAGUGGAAGUUCCGUCAUAUUUAUAGGGGUCAACCUCGUAGGCAUCUCUUAACAACUGGAUGGAGCUCAUUUGUCAAUAAAAAGAAGCUGGUUUCAGGGGAUGCAGUCUUAUUUCUCCGUGGUGAUGAUGGUGAACUAAGACUGGGUGUAAGGAGAGCCAUUCAGCUUAAAAAUGAGGCCCUUUUUCAAGAUUUCAGUAGCGACAGUUCAAAGCGGCAUACAUUGUCUGCUAUAGCUGAUUCCUUGAAACAUCGAAGUGUCUUUCACAUUUCCUACAAUCCAAGAGCUACCGCUUCAGAAUACAUUAUUCCAUAUCGGAAGUUCAUGAAGAGCCUCAACCAACCACUUUGUAUUGGAACAAGGAUCAACUUCCAGUGUGAGAACGAAGAUGUUAAUGAAAGGCGGUCUGGAACGAUUGUUGGCAGUAGUGAAGUAGACCGCAUGAAAUGGCCUGGCUCAAAGUGGAGAAGCCUGCUGGUAAGAUGGGAGGAUGGUACUGACUGCAAUGGUCAAGAUAGAGCAUCUCCACGGGAGAUCGAGAUAGUUGGUAGUUCAGUCUCUGUUGCCCAUUCACUGUCCGCAUCCAGUUCUAAAAGAACCAAGUUGUGUCCUCAGGGAAAUUUGGACGUUCCAACUAUGUAUAACACAGGGAAUGGUUGUAUUGACUCCGCGGAAACUGGAAAGUUACCCAGGGUCUUGCAAGGUCAAGAAUUGAUGGGUUUUAGAACUCAUCGCAUUACAUGUGCUCCUCAAACAGCCGAGGUUGCACAAUUUCAAUCUUCUGAUGCUAGGAGGUUCCUUACUAAUGCACGAAGCUGCAUGUUGAGUGGUCCAACAAGCAGACUAGCGGUGCAGAACUCCGGUUUUACCUACCAAUCUGUAGGCUUCAAUGAAUCUAUCGGAUUCUCAGAGGUCUUGCAAGGUCAAGAAAUUUCUGGGGCAGUUCCUAUGUUCCAAGGAAUGAUGUCUGAGGCAUGUUCAGUGAAAGGCGGAUAUGGGUCAAAUAGUUAUAUGCGUACCUCAGCUGUGAAUGGAUUAUCAGCUGCAGCUCAAGAAUGUUCACUCACACUAUCUACUCCGCCAGCAGCACAAGUGCCCUCUCCCUACCCUGAUCAUAUGUUUAACCGGACAGUGGUUUCACAGCUUGGAUUGGCAAGCAAGACUAAUGGCGAAGGUGCAAAUGGCAGUCAGCCUAGCCCAUUUGAUAUACCGUGGGAAACUCAGACCAGAACACAGCAUGAAGCGCCUGGUCAAAUUAGUUUGGAGCAAUUUGAGACUAGAAGAGCUUCAGCACCUGGAGAUACUGCCAAGUUUGGAUCUGGUGGAAGGGAGGUUCGCAAAACUAGCUGCAGGCUUUUUGGUUUUUCCUUGACCGAGAAAAUCUUGCCAGCAGAUGAUGAUGGUGUCAAGGAAGGGAACUAUGAGACUGAGUGCCAAAAUCCACGGAUGCUAGACUUGUUUGGGUACAACCGCUCCACCCCGAGUGCCGCUCUUCCAGCUCUCUGUGCCGCUCCCUUGGGAAUGUGAUGCUCCUUCAAUGAUGUUCAGAGUACUUCCAAGUUACUCAGUAAGUUUUACUUUCCCAGUACUCCACAGAGUAUGCCGUAAGCUGCCUUUUGACCUCAUCGCCUCUGUUGCUCUGCACAAGCUAAUUAGUCAUUUGCACAAGAAGUCAACGAAUGAUCUUUGGUGAACCACUCCUGUACAUGCCUCAGCUAAACACCCCAGGUAUUAUGGUUCUGGUCUCAGGUGUCCUGAUGCACUCCAUGCAGUUUUUUGAGGUCUCAUAUGAAGCCCACAAAGUGCCAUGGUCUCUCCAUGUACCCCGUAUGCAAAUCUUUAUGGGAUGGUCUGUCAGCUUUGAUGUACCGUUUAUGUAUCAAGUAAAAGCUCCUGUCACUUCUGUAGCUAUAUCACGAACCCUGGUCGCAGUUACCCUGUGUAACACUAAUGCUAUGUUGCUUAUGGACCUCUAUUCUGCUGCAUUGCAGGUGGAUUCUUUGGUUAUUCAUCGCAUGAAAAACCAUGUUCUUUCUGGUGUC